GCCAGGCGAGACAGUGCUGCCAGCACGGCGCAAGCAUUUUUUACGUAAUCAAUCGAUUUCGUUAAACGUCACUAGCUGUCAACCCGUUCCACGGCCUAAUUUUUUUUUACUGAAAACGGGAUGAAUUUGUGGUGAAAAUAAUUGCCUCACACGAAAACGCUGCUGGAAAAUCGAACCUGCACGCGAACAAUCGCCGCGUUACCGGAGCCGAUCUGUGCGGACUGUACUGCUGUUAGACGGCGUCGCCACCGAGCCGACGAAUCCGGCGACGAAAAGUGCUCCGCAGGCAGCUAGCUGGCAGUCACAGCAGCAGCAGCAGCAGGUGCCUGGUUGGUUCACAGUCAGAUAACCUAUAUUUGCUUAUAUUUUCUCCUUCCGUGACGACGACGACGGCUGGCACUUUUACGGUGCGGUGUGUCUUCGGUGGGUCCGGCUUUGCGAUUGAUCAUUAUCGAUGGGAUUUCUACGGUUCCAGUUAGGCUAGUGUUUCAAUGAAACUUCCGCGUGACAAGCAAAGAAGUAUGCUCUGUCUGGUGUGACGUCUGGAAAUACAAAAUGCAAAGUGGAGGAGGGCAGUUGCCACCCGGCCCGGUCAUACGUAACAUGCCAUCGGGGACCCCCACGUCCCAGCAGCAGCAGCAGCAGCAGCAACACCAGCAGCAGCAGCAGCAGCAGCAGCAGCAGCAGCAGCAGCAGCAGCAGCAGCAACAGCACCAACAGCAGCAGCAACACCAGCAGCAUCAGCAGCACCAACAACAUCCACAGAUGCAUCAUCACCAUCAGCAGCAGCAACAGCAGUCGCACCACCACCCACAUCAGCGACACCAGCAGCACCAGCAGCAUCUGCAACACCACCAGCAGCAGCAACCGCAACAGCAGCAGCAACCACAACAACAGCAGCAACAACAACAACAACAACAGCAGCAGCAGCAGCAUACAUAUGCAAUGCAGCAAUCCCAGCAAGCAGUGGCAGCAGCUCAGGCACAGGCGCAAGCAGCGGCAGCAGCAGCCGCGCAGCUGCGCGUUUCCUCUUCUGUUCCACCCAACCCAGUGCUUGCGGACAGUGAGCUGAUGGCAACAGGCGCCCUUCCACCAGCGCAGCAUGCGGCGGCUAUCGUUGUGCAGCAGCAUCCGCACCAUCCCCAUCACCACCAACACCACCACCCCCAGCAUCAGCAGCAGCAGCAGCAGCAGCACCAUCAGAACCAGGUAGUCGGGGCCAGCUACAUGACAGAACCUCCUCCACCGAUUCUAGCUGUUGCGCCAAACGAUCGACGCUUCCGCACGGUUUCGGAAAAAUCGGUCACCGAGUCGAACCUGUCCUCGGACGCGGAACCGUUCGUGUACACCGGUAGCAGCAGCAGCAUCAACAGUUUACACCAAGCACCUCCGCCAUCCGUUCCUUCCUCCUUGGCUGCCGGCGCAGCAGUCGUCGAGAGCAGCAGCGGUGGCAUUGGUAGCUCCACGGCCGAAUCGGCCGACAGGAGAGACGCUGAAAGUUUACCUCCCGCUAGAGACGAGCGGCAAGUAACGCCGGAGGAAGGUGCUACCACAGACCCGACGACGGUGCAUGAUGACGACGAGCAGAAUGCGAACGUGCCUCAGCAGCGGUCGAGUGAUAGCAAUGCCGUCGUCGCCCAGCACGCGGACGAUGCCGCUGAUACACUCACGGAAGCAGUAGCGAAUCUGAACAUUGGCGUCGAUGAGAAGAAGGCGUUGUUGGCGCGGACAGAAGCUGAUGUGGAAUCGCCAGCGCAACCGGCUGUCGCGCCAGUGGGCCAGACAGACGGGACAGAGAUGGAAGUGCACACGACGACGGACGGUAUGGGUGCUGACGAUGGUGGUGUGGCCUCGGACGAGACGGAUCGUGUGGCUGUCGGAAUGGCCGAUGGGAGCGCUACUACUGCCAAUAGUAUGAGUACGGAACCGGCGGCCAAGACGCCCUCCACUGCUGCUGUACAGCAAUCUAACUUUUUAAAUAAGGAACGUAGCGUUAAGAAUCUAGAUAAUGAUUACAUUAACAAUAAUAAUGUGGAUUACACCAGACACUUAAGCUCGAUAGACGCCGACGGUAAGGGAGCCGCACCGUCGGGCGACAAUGUGAAAGCGACCGGCGAGUUGCCGAAGGCAACCGCCGACGAUCGCGAGCAACCGAGGAAGGAGCAGCUGCAGGCCGGCGAGACUGAUCAAAUCGUCCCAAGCGAACGUAGCAAGGAUGCUCCGCCCAGCAGCAAAAGUAACGAUGUGAGCGCGGUCACCGGUGCGGCAGCAGCCGCUCCUCCUCCGACCAAUGCCGCGACCAACAACAACAGUUUGGACGACAACCGUAACGUAGUUACGGAGGUAGCGUCUCCGGCAGCGAACGACAGUGAGGCGAAGCACGUCGCCCCGUCGGCGAGGGCCGACGAGGAGGGCAAGCGGGAACAGCUGCCGGCGGCAGCCAGACCGGCGACGGCAAAUGCCACCUCGACAACGAAGAGCGCGACGACGGCGACGGCUGCAGAGGUCAAAACGGCACCGGCUGGCGCAGGCAAUGGGGCCGGCACGAAUGCGGCAGCACCACCGGCGGUGAAGAAAAGUAGUUCAAUAACCUUGAUCGCGUACGAUCCGGACCAGUGGAGCCCGGGGAACCCGGACGGCAAGAAAAAGUAUUCCCGCGAGCAGCUGAUGAUGCUGAAAAACAUCGCCCCAGCCCUGGAGAAGCCGGCCAACCUGCCGAACAGUCUGGAGAAUCUGCUCGUCCGGACGAACCACUCGAUGGGCAUGGGUGGUGGCGGCGGUGGCGGCAAUGCGUACGGCGGCAAUCAAAAGAGCACGGAAUUCUCGCUACUUCCUAACUUUAUGAAGGGCAUGGGUGGCGGUGGUGGUGGUGGCGGCGGCGGUGGUGGUCACCACAAUCCGGUGCGGCAGUCGUACGUGGUGAAGCGUUCUUCACAGCAGGGCAGCAUCGGGGGCGGCAACCAGUCCGGUGGCGGCGGUGCCCAGCCGAACAAACAGUCCCAGCAGGGCCUGAGCAAGACGGGAUCGAAGAUCAUCAAGCUGAACCUGCAGCUCAACGAGGAGGUGAAGCUGAACUCGAGCGCUAACGCGUGGCGCCCGAGCCAGCUGCUGAAGAGCGAGAGCGCCGAACAGGACGAAACGCAAAAGUUGCUGAAAUCGAUGCGCAGCAUCCUGAACAAGCUGACGCCGGAGAACUUUACCAAGCUGGUGGAGCAGGUGAAGAUGCUCUCGAUCAAGACGGAUGAACAGUUCAAGGGCUGCAUCCGGCUGGUGUUCGAGAAGGCCAUCUCGGAGCCCAACUUUUCCGAGGCGUACGCGAAGAUGUGCCGCGAGAUCGGUUCGCUGGCCGUGCCCGAUCAGAAGUCCGACUUCCGUACCCAGCUGCUGGAACGGUGCCAGUGCGAGUUCCAGGAGCGGCGCAAAGAUGCAGCGAAAGCCGCCCAGGAGCGGCGCGCGAAGCUGAAGAAGAGCAAAGACCUGAGCCAGGAGGAGUUCGAGGAGCUGAAGGAGCAGCUCGAGGAGGAGGAAAUGAAGGUGCGCCGGAGGGCCGUCGGUACGGUGCGGUUCAUCGGCGAGCUGUACAAGCUUGGCAUGCUGCAGCCGAGAACCAUGCUCCAGUGUUUCGAUGCGCUGCUGCCCAAGAACCCGGAGGAGUCGAACGAAGAGUCGCUCGAGUGUUUGUGCAAGCUGCUGACGACGGUAGGGGCGAACCUGGAGAAGAUGAACGAGUCGCUGACCAGCUACUUCACCCGGCUCGGCGACAUCGUGAAGCAGUUCAAAAAGUACAACAUAAGCAGCCGUAUCCGGUUCAUGAUCCAGGACGUGAUUGAUCUGCGCCGGAACAACUGGGUGCCGCGGCGCCAGGAGCUCAACCCGAAAACAAUCUCGCAGAUUGCGCGCGAGGUCGAGUCGGAGCAGAAUCGCAUCAACAUGCUGAACUUCAUGCCCGGCAAAGAUUCGGGCUACUCCGGCGGUGGCAGAGAUAUGGGAGGGCCGCGCGGCGGCGGCGGCAGCUCGGGUGGCGGCCUGUACGGCAAGAUGUCAUCCGGUGGUGGCGGCGGCAAUUCCGGCUUCAACCAGGGCAGCCUUGGUCGGGGCAGCAGUGGCGGAGGGGGCGGCGGGUCCACCAAAGGUGGCCGCCUGCAAAAGGACGAUGAAGGAUUCCAGGUCAUCUCCAGCAGCCGUAGCAGUAAUCGUCCGUUCUCUAUAGAUCCAAAGAAGCUGCCAUUGUCGAUGAACGUCGACACGACGCAGCUGGGCCGAGCGUCGAACUAUCAGACGAAUAAGUGGAAGAAUAACAUUUUCGAAACGCUCGGCAAUGAGGAAAGCGGUUCAACGGCAGCCUCCAGCGCGGAUCGUGAUAACAAUGAUCGCGACCGUGAUCGCGAUCGUGACCGUGAUCGUGACCGCGACCGCGACCGUGAUCGUGAUCGUGAUCGUGAUCGUGAUCGGGAUCGUGAUCGGGAACGGGAUCGGGAUCGCGAUCGGGAUCGGGAUCGCGGAUCGAGUAAGGACUCUUACCAUAAAAGCGCCAUGGAGCGGGAUCGCUACGGACGCUAUGGAAGUAGCAGUAGUCAAAACGAAGACCGUUACUCCCGAAACUCCCGGGAGCCUUCCUCCUCAUCCGGUGGCGGCAGUGGUAUGGAUCGUGACUGGGACAGGAAAAUGGGACCCCCAAUGCAGGGCCGCGGUUCCGGCAACCAGUCGCAUCAACAGCAGCAACAGCAGCCGCCGCGCAUGACGCGGAUGGGACAGUCGACCUCCACGUCGGGGCAGUUCUAUCAGCAGCUGCAAAUCCCGGGCGCACCAUCGUCUGCGUCCUCGUCUACGGGACCGAGAGUUUCGGGCGGUGGCAGCAGUAGCAGUGCGUUGACCACACCGACCGGCAGCGAUGGUGCGGAGCUGCUUAACGCUAGCAGCUCCAUCCAAUUCGACGAGCGGUCGGAAGCGUUGAUACGGGAGCUGGCGGCCGAUCUGGACAGAAGCCAUCCCGAGUACUGCCGCACGCUGGCGAAGCGGCUGUUCGAGCGCAGUCUCGAUCAGAAAACGAUGACACGGAAGGAGGUGUCGGGCAUCGUGCACGGCAUGUUCCGCCGUAAGCAGAUCAAUCGUAAGGACUUCCAGUACUCGGUGGAGGACGUGCUGCUCGAGGCCGGCAGUAUGGUGAUCGAUGUGCCGAUGUUGUGGGACUAUUCGGCCGAAUACUUCGUACCGCCUCUGCACGAGCGGCUGAUCACGCUGCAGGACGCGCAGCAGAUCGCGACCAGCACCAUCGCGGACACGGAACAGAAGCCGUACGAAUGCUGGCUGCUGUGCCGGAAGGUGCUGCAGAUCUACGAAGCGGCCCACGGCAAGGACGCAACGGUCAAGCUGUGGUACGAGAGUCCGCUGGAUCUGAAGGUUUUUGGCAAACCGGGCGAGGACGAGGCUGCCGUCAGGCAGCGCAUGGUCGAUGCUAAGCUGGGCUAUCUGCUCGAGUGCAAGGUAGCGUCCAGCAUCCGGGAGUUCCUGCGCAACGAUGCACCGAACGAAACGAUCUUCCAGUGGAUCAGCUCGCACGUGUCCGAGCAGCAGGAGAACUCGUCCGAGUUUAUCCGCACGCUCACGACGGUCGUGCUGGAGCACUGCAUCAACAAGACGAAGCUGGACACGGCCAAGAUCGAAAAGUGGCACAUGCUGCUGCAGCGCUACAUCCAGGGCAAGGCGGAGCGCGAGCUGCAGGCACUGUACGCGGUCCAGCUGCUGGUGGAGCGGAUGCAACACCCGCAGCAUCUGCUGCAGACCAUCUUCCAGCAGCUGCACGAGUUCGAGGUCGUCAUGGAAGGGUUCCAUCUGUGGAAGGAGGAGCGCAGCGACCACGAGAUCGAGGGCCGGGGCGUCUGCAUCAAAUCGACCAGGCAGUUCUUCGUGCAGCUCAUGGAACCGGACAGUGAGAGCGAAGAUGGGGGAAAGGAUAGUGACAGUGAUGAUGGGCGAGGACGAAGAGGAAUCAGUCGCAAAGGUUCGCAUUAAUUCUAUGUCUGUGUGUGUGGGGGGUAAACAUUAGAUAGCAGAGCUGUGGUUGAAGAAGAGAGGAGGAGAAAGGGAUUGUGGAAGAGUUUGAAUGGGGGUGACAGAAGACAGAAGGAUAUUUCCACCACUACCACCACCACUUCGAUUGAGGUUGCUAACCUUCCCGCCCCCCGCCAUCCCUCAUGUGGAGUGCUGCCGAUCAUGUGAUUCGGGUGGUUCGGGGUCGAUCGAUGUACGAUUUGUCUUUUUUAUACAUAAAGAAAACAACAACUCUCUCCCCCUCCUCUCACCACACGUAAACACAUACACGCUACAACCCUACAAAUACCAAGUAAAUAUUCGUUCGCAGUAGGCCGUCGGCCCUUCUUCCUGCUGUGUGUACGCGCGCGCGCGUGCUCCUCAUGCCGUGAGCGAAAGCGUUGAAAGGAAAAGGGAAGAUAGUGAGAGAGCUAAGGGGGGCCCGGGACAAUUAGGCAGAAAAGGGAAAAGUGUUAGACGAACAGUAAACGAAAAACAAACCCGGAAACGAAUUCAAAAAAAAAACAAGGCGGUGGUGUUUAGAAUAUAGCAGUAGUAGGCGCGCCACUAGGAGUGUGUGUGCACCAUGUUCAGCGUACGUGCAUUCUGCUGCAUGUGUGUGCGUGUGAGUGUAUGAGUAUGAGUGUGUGUGUCUUUCGUGCGUGUGUGCGUGCCUGGGCAAAAGGUGUUGGGGGUGGGGUUGCGCUCCCACAGGACGGGAGAUUGGUGCAAAUUGAGCUGCUGCAAACUAAACUACACGUGCCGGUCAACCUCUUGGCGGCGUCUACCCCGCCAUCCCCCUUUGUUUCCCAGUGCAGGCGUGUGGCCCAACCUCUUGAUAAAAUGAUCACCUACGAUAUGCUGCUGCUGAUGCAUGGGAUUUGUAUUGUUUAUGCUGCAAAACAAUACUACAUCUCUAAGGAAGAAGGAUCACCACAAACUACUAUUACUACUACAUACGUCUGCUACAUGGGCGCACACACGAGCCUACAUGCAGGCACACAUCCGCUCACACAUACACACUCACACGCACACAUCUGGAUGCACACAAGAGACGCAGGAUCAUUUAAACAGCAAGCAACAAAACCAGCAAACACACACACACCCCCCUCUCAAAUUGCAUAAACACACAAGUAAUGAUUUAAAUGAUAAAAUAUAAUUAAUAAAUAUGGAUACCGUUAAGAUCAACAUUUAUUUACAUGCAUAAAUAUAUAUAUUUAUAAAUAAUUAUCGAAUAAAGUAUCUGGUGAACCACACAAAA